UGGUAAAGCCGAAACUUGUAUGGAGGUGAUGUAUUGCGUCAGUUCCAUUGAGGGUUUGACUAAUUUGGAUUUAGUUUGCUGUUUCUAUGACAAUUCAUGAAAAAACUAUUGAGGAUAAUAGAUUUAAUUACAAUUUUAUAUAACCUGAUUAUUACUAGACAAUCAACACGAAUUUUGAUACAGGUUGUACAAGUAGGCCAGGUCUGUUUUGAAUAACUUACACUGUUUUUGAAUUUUCUACGACAAUCAAUACAUAAGUUAUUGCGAACUAGAUAUUUAAAUGCGUUUUAAUAUGAUUUGAUUAUUUUAUCAAAUCAACACUUUACUUUUUAUGCAAAUCAAAGGUUGUAAAAAUAGGCCAGACCUUUUUAGAAUAAUUAGCACUUGUUUUAUGUUUCUAUGACAAUCAAUUCAAACGUUAUUGUAAAAAAUAGAUUUACCCACGGUAUCGUACCCACUACACAAACUGAAUGCGAUUUUUUUCUGCGCGACCUCCCGAGGUAAAAUGUAGACAACAGUAUUGUCUCCUAGAACUUCUCGAAAAUGUCCGUUUGCUAUAAUCAAUGUGAAAAUGGUAUUGGUCUGACUGACUGUCAGCCGCUGCACGAGAUCCCUCAUUCGUCUUCAUCUUGUUAGUCUGUGAACCUGACUGUGUGUGAAAGAGAGAGAGAGAGAGAUGAAGUCUGUUGACGCACACCGCCCAGCUUUUCCUUGCUCAGUUAUUAGUCUAGUUUUUUUAACGCCCUCUGCUUUAAUAUAAUGAUCUGAUAUGGGACCGCGUGUCACAGUCACGGUUCCGCUGUCAUGUUCGUUAACGGCAGAAUGUUGAGCAACACCGGUGGAGUCGCGAGGGAAUUCCUAAUGUGGAGCGCUAUCUGGAUCACAGACAACUGACCCCAAAACAAGGAACAUGAGACGCGGUAAAGUUCCCAUACCGAUACUGGAUGUACUAUCGGCUAUUCUGCUGCUCAUGCACCUGUCUGAAAUGACAGCCAGGGCUGCAGCAAUGGUGUCCAGCAGGGUGUCAGUAGAGAGCAGUUGUCCUCUGGGCCAGUUUCCCUGUGGUAAUGUGACAGUGUGUCUACACCAGGCUCUACAGUGUAAUGGACAUAGAGACUGUCCCAAUGGAGCCGACGAGGACAACUGUGGAGACAACAGUGGAUGGGCGGACAUCUUUGAUCGAACCAUCAGGAAGGUCGAACCACAGGUCCUACCGUUACCAGAAGACUGCUUCUUGCAGCAGUACCCACAGCGUUGUGACUGUAUCAAGACAGAGCUGGAGUGUGUGGAAGUCAACCUACAUGACGUUCCUCAAGUCUCCAUCAAUGUCACCUGGCUGUCUCUGAAGAGUAACGAGAUAAAGAGGCUGUCGGACAACGUCUUCUCCAAAUACACACACCUGCAGAGACUGUUCUUACAGAAUAACAGCAUCCAGACAAUCUCCACUCAAGCCUUCAGUGGACUCUACAAACUGGAGAGACUGUUUCUCAGUGAGAACUCCAUCUCAUCUCUCAGCCCGGGGGUGUUCAGUGAUCUCCGUAAUUUAUGGUGGCUGGUGUUGGAUCACAACCCUCUGAACAGUGUUUCCCAAGACACCUUCACCGGCCUCACCUCCCUCAUGUUCCUCUCCAUGGUUAAUACAUCUCUGGUGCAGCUCCCCCAGCCCAGCCUCUGUCACCACACACCUAACCUCAGCUGGGUGGAUUUUGAGGGUAACCAGGUCUUAACCAUUAGCUACUCUACUCUGAUGACCUGCAGCCACCUCACAGUACUGCUCCUAAUGGACAACAAGAUCACAACUCUUCCUGAAAACACUUUUCAAUCUCUAGUGGUUCUAGAAGAACUAGACCUGUCGGACAACCGGAUUACUGAGCUCCCCAACAACACCUUUAAGAGCCUAAAGUCUCUCGUCAAACUGAACAUAUCCCAUAAUCCUCUGUUCCACAUCCACCCGGGUCACUUUGAUCACCUGACCCAGCUCCAGUCCCUAGGUCUGGAGGGUAUUGAGAUUCCAGACAUCCAGACGAAGAUGUUUGUACCCAUGGGAAACCUCUCACACAUCUACUUCAAGACAUUCCAGUACUGUUCCUAUGCGCCCCACGUGAGAACGUGCAAGCCCAACACAGACGGUAUCUCUUCCUUCGAGGACCUGUUAGCCAACGUGGUGCUCAGGGUCUCUGUGUGGGUCAUGGCCUUCAUCACAUGUUUCGGGAACCUCUUUGUCAUCGGGAUGAGGUCUCUGAUCAGGGCAGAGAACAACUUGCACGCCGCCUGCAUCAAAGUCCUCUGCUGUGCAGACUGUCUGAUGGGUGUGUACCUGUUCUUUGUCGGUGUGUUUGACGUGAAGUUCCGAGGGGAGUACAAUCGCAACGCUCUCCUGUGGAUGGAGAGUGUGGAAUGUCGAACCAUCGGAUUCCUGGCUAUGCUCUCCUCAGAGGUAUCAGUUCUGCUGCUGACCUACCUGACUAUGGAGAAGUUCCUGGUCAUAGUGUUUCCCUUCAGCCACCUGAGACCUGGUAAACUGCAGACUGUGGUGGUGCUAGUGUCUAUCUGGGUGCUGGGGUUCAUCAUCGCUGUGGUUCCCUUGCUGAACGACGAUCUGUUUGGGAACUACUAUGGUCGUAAUGGCGUCUGCUUCCCCCUACACUCUGACAGACAGGAGAAACCCACUGCUAAAGGAUACUCUAUCGGAAUAUUCCUUGGUCUGAACCUGGUAGCCUUCCUGGUGAUCGUGUUCUCCUACUCCUCCAUGUUCUACUCCAUCUAUAAGACUGGAAUCAAUGCUACAGACCUGAGGAGCAGGCUACACAGAGACCUGACUGUAGCUAACAGGCUGUUCUGUUACAGACCUGAGGAGCAGGCUACACAGAGACCUAGCUGUGGCUAACAGGCUGUUCUGUUACAGACCUGAAGAGCAGGCUACACAGAGACAUUGCUAUAGCUAACAGACUGUUCCGUUACAGACCUGAAGAGCAUGCUACACAGAGACGUUGCUAUAGCUAACAGGCUGUUCUGUUACAGACCUGAAGAUCAGGCUACACAGAGACCUAACUGUAGCUAACAGGCUGUUCUGUUACAGACCUGAGGAGCAGGCUACACAGAGACGUUG